AAAGUUGAGGGACAUCAAAACAAAAAUGGGCAGUCUCCCUACCGACACAUUUUGCUCUCUAGACACAAACACUUUCUCUGAUGAAUCAAAAAUUAUGAUAGAUUUCAUUACUGAAUAUUACAACAACAUUGAAAAAUACCCAGUUCAAAGCCAAGUUCAACCCGGAUUUCUCUCAACCAAAUUACCAAAAUCAGCCCCAAUUUCCCCUGAACCAUUAGAACUAAUCCUCAAAGACAUUUCUGAUAAAAUCAUUUCAGGCUUAACUCACUGGCAAAGUCCCAGUUUCUUCGGUUACUUCCAAGCAAAUGCUAGCAAUGCUGGUUUUCUUGGAGAAAUGCUUUGUUCAGGACUCAACAUUGUUGGUUUCAACUGGGUUUCGUCUCCGGCCGCAACGGAACUUGAAUCAGUUGUCAUGGAUUGGAUGGGAAAAUUGUUGAAGCUUCCGUCUUCGUUUCUCUUUUCUGGAAAUGGAGGCGGUGUUUUGCAUGGAAGUACUUGUGAGGCUAUUGUGUGCUCUCUAGCUGCAGCUAGAGACAGGGCUCUGCAGAUUUUCGGAUCCGAUAAAAUCACAAAAUUGGUCGUUUACGCCUCGGAUCAGACGCAUUCCACUCUCUAUAAAGGCACAAGAUUAGUCGGAAUCCCACCUUCUAACAUCCGAUCGCUUCCUACUUCAGUUUCAUCCGAAUUCUCUCUGUCUCCUGAAAUUUUACAGGACGCGAUUGACGCGGAUAUGAAAUUAGGGUUUAUACCUUUGUAUCUUUGUGCUACUGUGGGAACAACCGGCUGUGGAGCGGUUGAUCCGAUCUACGAACUGGGGAAAAUCGCGAAAAGGCACAGUUUAUGGUUCCACAUUGAUGCAGCUUAUGCAGGAGGGGCCUGCAUUUGUCCGGAAUUCAGGCAUUAUCUGAACGGUGUAGAGUUUGCUGAUUCGAUCAGCAUGAACCCGCAUAAAUGGCUUCUUACGAACAUGGAUUGCUGCUGUUUCUGGGUUAAGCAGCCAAAUUUAUUAGUCGAAUCGCUAUCUUGUGAAGCAGAAUUUCUGAAAAAUGAAGCCAGCGAAUCCAAAACUGUUGUGGAUUACAAAGAUUGGCAAAUUUCUCUGAGUAGACGAUUCAAGGCUUUAAAACUGUGGAUUGUAAUCCGCAGACAUGGGUUGGUUAAUCUGAUGUACCAUAUUCGCAGCGAUGUCAGCUUGGCGAAGAGGUUCGAGUCACUGGUUCGAAAUGACGACAGGUUUGAGAUUGUGGUUCCGACGAAGUUUGCGUUGGUUUGCUUCAGGUUAAAACCCAACAGGAAUGGAACCAAAACCAAUGAACUGAACUGCCGGUUUCUGGACGCAGUGAACCAGAGCGGUCAUGCGUUCAUGACUCAUGGAGUGGCCGGAGGGGCGUAUUUUAUACGGUGUGCAGUCGGAUCAACAUUGACUGAAGAACGUCAUGUGGAUGAUUUGUGGAAGCUGAUUCAAGAAAAAGCUGAUUUCGUUUUGAAUUAAUCAUUUGGUUAAACGAGUCAACCAAAAUAAAGUUGUUCUACACAACGGAUAUAUACGGGAUAUUUUAUCGGUAACUAAACUUUUAAAUAAAUUUAAAAAAAGUAUUGAAUCUUAAUUUAUUUUUAAGGUCAUCAAACUUCGAUUUUUAUUUCAUAAUUUUUUUUGAUCUUAUUUUACUUAUGUGACCAUCUGAUUUUAAAAUAUUUGUUACAUCAGCAAAUAUUAUCAAAUUACAUAUUUUAUUUUACUUGGCGUAUAAAUGAGUUGUUAAUGUGACAAAUAUUUUUUUAAAUAGUCCAAUUCGAAUAGCUACAUCAUCAAAAUUAGAUGAGAAAUAUUUUUUUAAAACAAAAAUUAAUGUUUGAUGAUCUUGAAGAAAUAAAUUAAAAUUUAGUAUUUUUUCUGAAAUAAUUUAAAAAUGUGACCCUUAUUAUAUCUGACCCGUAAUAUAUCUUGUGUAAUCAAUUAAAUAAGAGUGUAUAAUUUUAAUUAUUAACAAAAGAAGUGUAUACUUUAUUAUGUUUAUUUGCGUGUAUUAUGUUCGUCCGAUAUCAAUAAAUAUGUAUUUUCUUAGUACGACAUGGACUUUCUUGAA